AUGUUGUCAAAGCGUUCCGAUGCGUUGAUAAGCGCUUUCGUUUUGACGCUCUAUUAUGUGGGCGUGGCCGAUGGGAACAACGCCUCCGACUUUGUGACAAUGGGCGAUCUGCGCAGGAGCAGGCGUGGCCACUCGCAUUCCUCGCGUCCCGGUGGCAUGAAAAUGGAGGGCAUUGGAUUCCAGUACACCAUGCGAUAUCAGCCGGGCUUCCACCUCCACAAGGUGGCCCAGCAGCAGGGCGAGGAUGGGGGAAUGGGUGAAAUGGAGGAACCUAUGCCCAUGCCCAUGCCAACUCCCGCGACUCCACCACCUGAUCCAGCUCCCACACAGCCGGAGGAAGAAGAGAUACCCAUGCGUACGACCGUGGCACCAACAGAGGAACCUUCACCUCCACCAGCUACGGAUUCGAUGAUGAUGCCCACUCCGAGUAAUUCGCCAGGAAUGAUGCCCAGUCCCCGGCCCAGUACGAAACCCUCGAUGAGACCGCCACCGCCCACACCACCAUCCAGCACCAAGACCUCCAUUAUGCAGCCCCAUCAGGCCCUGAAGAACCUCCUCUUCGGCUCGCCCAUCGAGGCGAAUCUCAUCCUCAAGAAACCCAAUGCACCGCGCUCGAAGGGCAAGGGCUUCCUCAGUCUGUUCGAGGUGAUCAAGUUCCCCAACACCAAGUGCAGUGUGUCCAUGGGCGACAUCCGGAGCAUGGAGGGCGUCUGCUACCACGAGUUCGAGUGCAAGAGCCUCGGGGGGAUUCCCACCGAGAGCUGUGCCGAGGGCGUGGGCGUAUGCUGUGUGUUCGUCAAUGGAUGUGGCGAUGUCACCAGCCAGCAGAUCCUCUACUUCGAGAGCCCCAACUAUCCGAAUGCGGUGCGGGAGAUGAUGAUAUGUGUGCUGAUCAUCAAUGUGAAGAAGGGAGUGCAACAGUUGAGGCUGGAUUUUCAGAUGUUCGAGCUAAGUCGUCCCAGCAAUGGUGAUUGCAUAGAUGAUCAAUUUAUAGUCUCGGGGCACAAUUCCAAUUUUCAGAUACCCAUUCUGUGUGGCAUCAACACGGGACAGCAUAUUUAUAUCCACGUUGGUGACUCAAACGAGGGCAAAGUGUAUCUUUCGGUUUUCAUGAAGGUCUCGGGAGGAGGGCGUUCUUUUAAUAUAAAAGUUACUCAGUUGGAGGAUAACCUGGCUCCUAAUAAUUGCCUGCAAUAUUUCCCCGAUGCUGAGGGUCUUAUAAAAUCAUUCAACUAUGAUACAGAUGGUUCAAUUGUGGACAACCGAGAAGCUACAUAUUUUAACAAUCUAAACUAUGCCAUAUGCCUGGCCCGCUUGAAGAAUGUGUGCAGCGUGGCUUAUAACACUGAACAACUGGGUGGCGAUCAGCCCGACUUUCAAAUCAUCAACAAAGAUGAGGCCGAGAACGAUUUGAUUUCCGAUGGCCAGGCGGGAGCUGGGAUCUUCAACUGUCCGGACGACUUCAUAGCCAUAAAUUCGGUACCGCUUUGCGGGGAGAGGUUCAAUGAUGGCCGGGAAAGCGACGAUUUCACCAUGCACGCCGUUGUGAGGGACACGGCCGCUGGUCCCAUCAUCCUGCCCUUCCGCACCGAUGCCGAAUAUGUGGGUCGCGGCUUUCGACUGCUCUACAGACAGGAACUGUGUGUCUAA